UGUUAUUGUCUUAAGUCUUGGGGUCUGUUUGCUUUAUUUUAAGGGGAGUCGAAUAUUUAUUGUACUUAUCCCAUUUGCUCUGUGAGCUGUACUCCAUACAUUUUGGUUAUGUUAACUUUAAAGAAAAACUGUACAGAUGUCUGAUACUCUUAGUUAUGCAAUUAGAUAGUUUGCAUAGCUUUAAAGUCCACUUUUGAUCUUGUGUAAACUUCUCCAUGUCUACCUGCAAAAGUUUACCUACUUUGUCAUCCUGCUGGGUUUGGAAUCAGGUCGGAGGAAGAAGAGGGUUGCUAGCUACAAGGUGUACACUGUGGAGGGAAGCUGAAAGGGACUCUCAGGAAGAGCUAAUAUGGUCUGCUUUUAAGGAGGAGAUGGAGGUGCCAGAGAGGCUGGAGAGGGUGCAAAAGGCUUUGGAGAGUGUUGUGGAGGAUAUGGACUUGAUGGGGCGGCUUUUGGAUGAGCUUGGUAAGCUUCAGAAUCAGGCGCAGGAGUGUGACUUGAGUAUGGUAGAUGCAAAGAUUAGUAAGGUGAUGCCGGAACUUGGGUUUGCGCCUGAGGAUGGGGAUAGGUUGGUGGCUUCAUUUAGUAGUGGCUGGCAGAUGAGGAUGUCACCUGGGAAGAUUUUGCUUCAGCACCUUGAUUUACUACUGCUGGACGAGCCUACAAAUCACCUUGACCUUGACACAAUCGAGUGGCUCGAAGAUUAUCUCAAUCAGCAGGAUGUGCCAAUGGUUAUCAUAUCUUAUGACCGAGCUUUUCUUGAUCAAUUGUGUACAAAUAUAGUGGAAACUGAUUUGGGUGUCUCCAAGACGUAUGAGGGAAAUUAUUCUAGUAUUAUAUUACAAAGGCAACAUGGAUUGAAAGUCAAAAUGCUGCUUGGGAGAAGCAGCAUAAGGAAACUGAGCACACAAAAGACUUGAUACACAGGUUGGGCUCUGGAGCCUUCUGUUGGAAAGGUACAUUGAGAUUUAUCUGUGUAGCAAAUUGAUUUGCUUGAAAUUCUAGAAGAAACAAAAAUACCAAUCUAAUCUGGACAAUUGGUUAGCAUUGAGUUUUGUUGUUUCACUUUCUCAAGGUAAUAUAAUACAACUAAGCUGCUUUACUCUAUAUUCUUUUCUCUCUGUUGUGAAAACUAAAGGGCGGGUACAAUAUUCUUUUCAAAACAAAAGCAUUUCUUGGAUUGUUCUCUAAUUGAGCUUGCUUAUAUUAAAUGUUGUCUCUCAUUCAAUGAUCCUUGUACUACUGCAUUAAGAUUGUUGCUAACAAACUGCAUCUGCUAAAUUAUUUUUCU